AUGGGAAAUAUAUUUUUCUUUGGAGUAAUAACAUUUAGACUUGUAGUAUUAGUUACAUAUAUUUAUUUAAAAAAUUAUUAUAAUAUAUUAUCAGACAUAAAUACUUAUUUUCUCUUUUACUCUAUUUCAUUCCUUCUGUACUUAAUAUCUUCAUUAUGUAACCCUGGUUACAUUACUACUUGCCCUACAAGAUAUGUAUCCGAAGAUAUAGCGGAUGAAUUCAAAACAAAUAUAAAAAAUAUAUAUAAUCGAAAAAAUACAGAAAAAACUGAAUCUUUUUACAAUUUUUCCACAAGCGAUGAAGAUAAGUCUACUAUUUCAAGUACAACUUCCUCGGCUUCAUCAUUAAAUUUAAGAAAAAAAGACAUAUAUGACGAAUUAACAAGUUUGACAAUUUUCCAUAAUCUCCCAAAUGAUAUUGUUUUAACCGAAAAAUGUGUAAAAAAAAAAAAAAAAUAUAAAAACCUUAACAAUUUAGCUAGCUGCACACACAAUAACUAUGAUAAAGAACAAAUUGCUACAUCCCCAAUUAAGAAGAAAUACAAUAAAAAAAAUAUAAAUAACAAACUAAACAACAAAUUAAAUGACAUUUAUUUUGAAUUGUUUCUAAAACAAAAAAAGAAACUUUCAUUAUAUCCAGCAAACAUAAAAAAAAGAAAAAAAAAUGCAUACAAAUAUAAACCUGUUUUCAUAAACAAUAUUAACCAAAUUAACAACACCCAAAUAAAUAUUUUUAAUAAAGCACCUCAAAAAAUAACGAAUUUUAUUAAAACAGAGACAAACAAAUAUUAUGAUUCUACCUUAUAUAAAAUAAAUAGUAGCAAUAUUAUAUUUUCAAAAAAUAUAAAACAUGAAAAUAAUAGUGCCCUAACAAAUCCUUUUCAUAUAUAUCGAGACACUGUUUAUCAAUACAAAACAAAACUUAACUAUUGUAUUCAAUGUGACAUUGUCCAGAUACUACGAAGUAAGCAUUGUAAAUUUUGUAAACGGUGUAUUAAAACGUAUGACCAUCAUUGCCCUUGGAUUAACAAUUGUGUAGGAGAAAAUAAUCGAUCGAUUUUCUUUCUAUACUUAUAUUUUGAAAAUAUUACGAUUUUUCUAACAUUAAGAAAUGUCACUAAAGUUGUAUAUUCUUUAAUUCCUCGAAGCAGGUUUAAAAAAAAUAUAACUAUCAUAUAUAUAUGCCUUUUUUUAUUAUUUUGA